AUAAGACAAGCCCAAAUCAACUUGGAUGAUUGCAUCUUGUACAGUGCCAAGUUCAAUUUUUUUUAUUGAUUUGAACUUCAAAACUUCACGUAAUUGUUUCAUUUAUAGUCAACCUUGUCCCCCUUUCAAAACCCACCAAAAUUCUUUGAAUGAUUACACGAAUUAGCAAUUGUUAAUGGAGUUGAUAGUAGAAACGACACCGUUUAGAGUACUGGAAGAGCCAAUUUCAGCUGAAAGUUCUGGUUCAGAUCCUACAAAUGCUGUGAUUUUUGUUGGGAUUAGUUUGUUAUUGGGAAUUGGUAGUAGACAUUUGUUGAGAGGUACUAGAGUACCUUACUCUGUAGCUUUGCUUGUUCUUGGCAUUGGUCUUGGAGCUAUAGAGUAUGGAACACAUCAUGGGUUGGGAAGGAUUGGAGAUGGUAUCCGUAUCUGGGCAAACAUUGAUCCUGAUCUUUUGUUGGCGGUUUUCCUUCCUGCUCUUCUUUUCGAGAGUGCUUUCUCAAUGGAAAUUCACCAGAUAAAGAGGUGUGCAGUACAGAUGCUUUUACUUGCUGGGCCUGGCGUGCUUCUUUCCACUUUUUGUCUUGGAGCUGCCUUCAAGAUUGCUUUUCCUUAUAACUGGACCUGGUCAACAUCGUUGUUGCUUGGUGGACUUCUAAGCGCUACUGAUCCUGUGGCUGUUGUAGCCCUUCUGAAGGAGCUUGGCGCCAGCAAGAAAUUGAGUACCAUAAUUGAAGGAGAGUCCUUGAUGAAUGAUGGGACGGCAAUUGUUGUCUAUCAGCUACUUUUAAGGAUGGUAACUGGUUGGACCUUUAACUGGGGAGCUGUCAUCAAAUUCCUAGUAGAAGUUUCCCUUGGGGCAGUUGGCAUUGGUAUUGCUUUUGGAAUAGCUUCUGUUUUAUGGCUGGGAUUCAUUUUUAAUGACACAGUGAUUGAGAUCAGCCUGACUCUUGCCGUGAGCUAUGUUGCUUACUUCACAGCACAACAAGGGGCUGAUGUUUCUGGUGUCUUGACUGUGAUGACUUUAGGGAUGUUCUACUCAGCUGUAGCUAAAACUGCUUUCAAGGGUGAGAGUCAUCAAAGCUUGCAUCACUUCUGGGAAAUGGUUUCCUAUAUUGCAAAUACAUUAAUUUUUAUCUUAAGUGGAGUCGUCAUAGCUGAAGGAAUUCUUGGUGGUGACAAUAUUUUCAAAAUCUAUGAUAAUUCGUGGGGCUACCUCAUCCUUCUUUAUGUGCUUAUCCUUGUCUCGCGGGCCGUUGUAGUUGGUGUGUUGUAUCCAUUUUUACGAUACUUUGGCUAUGGUUUGGACUUGAAAGAAGCUUUUAUUCUUGUCUGGGGUGGCCUUCGAGGUGCCGUAGCGUUGUCUCUUUCAUUGUCAGUCAAGCGUUCCAGUGAUGGCUCUCAAUAUAUCAGUCCUGAUACUGGAACUCUGUUCGUUUUCUUGACUGGUGGGGUUGUAUUUUUGACGCUCAUCAUCAAUGGUUCAACCACACAGUUUGCUUUACAUUAUCUGGGAAUGGGUAAGCUAUCGGCAGCAAAGAAGCGCAUAUUGAACUACACAAAAUAUGAGAUGUUGAAUAAAGCUCUGGAAGCAUUUGGUGAUCUUGGAGAUGAUGAGGAACUAGGACCUGCUGACUGGCCAACUGUUAAAAGAUAUAUUACUAGCCUAAAUGAUGUGGAGGGUGAACCAGUGCAUCCUCAUACUUCAUCUGAAUAUGAUGAUAAUGUGGACCGUAUGCAUUUAGAAGAUAUUCGGAUCCGCCUGCUAAAUGGUGUUCAAGCAGCCUACUGGGAAAUGCUCAACGAGGGCAGGAUCCCACAAACUAUAGCAAAUCUUCUAAUGCAAUCUGUGGAGGAAGCAAUUGACGUAAUAUCGCAUAAGCCCCUAUGUGAUUGGAAGGGUUUAAGAUCUUAUGUUAAUAUCCCAAAUUAUUACAAGUUUCUUCAAACAAGUUUUGUCCCCCGAAAGCUUGUUACAUAUUUCACUGUUGAUAGAUUAGAGUCUGCAUGCUAUAUCUGUGCUGGAUUUCUCCGGGCGCAUAGAAUUGCACGACAACAACUAAAUGAAUUUAUCGGUGAGAGUGAAAUUGCUUCCCUUGUUAUCAAGGAAAGCGAGGAAGAAGGAGAGGAUGCACAAAAGUUUCUGGAAGAAGUCCGUAUCUCAUUUCCUCAGGUUCUCCGAGUUGUGAAAACCAGACAAGUUACUUAUGCGGUGUUGAAUCACUUGAUUGAUUAUGUCCAUAAUCUUGAGAAGAUUGGUAUAUUGGAGGAAAAAGAGAUGACACAUCUUCACGAUGCUGUUCAGACUGAUUUGAAAAGGCUUGUAAGGAAUCCACCUCUGGUUAAAUAUCCAAAAAUUCGUGAUUUGAUUAGUGUCAAUCCUUUGUUGGGAGCCCUACCUCCUACAGUUCGUGAGACACUAAUUGGUUCAACCAAGGAGAUAAUGAAGUUGCGUGGUGCGACCCUCUAUGAAGAGGGAUCAAAGCCAACUAGAGUUUGGCUAAUUUCAAAUGGUGUAGUGAAGUGGUCAAGUAAGAGCGCGAGUAAUAUGCAUCUACUGCAUCCAACUUUUUCACAUGGGAGUACACUAGGUUUAUAUGAAGUGCUUGUGGGAAAGCCCUACAUCUGUGACAUUAUAACGGACUCCGUGGCUCUCUGCUUUUCUGUUGAUAGUGAGAGGAUACUUACUGCUCUCAGAUCUGAUCCAGCUAUAGAAGAUUUCUUUUGGCAGGAAAGUGCACUCCUUCUUGCGAAAGUCUUGCUUCCUCAAAUGUUUGAAAAGACAACAAUGCAAGAUAUGAGAGCUCUGAUUGCAGAAAGGUCAACUAUGAGCGUAUACAUACGAGGGGAAAGUUUUGAAUUGCCUCACCAUUACAUUGGUUUGCUGUUAGAGGGAUUUGUUAAAGCUCAUGGUUCACAUGAAGGACUUCUUUCUGCCCCUUCACCGUUGCUGCCUUCGUCAUGGGAACAACGAAGCUUCCACAACAUAGAGGCAUCAGGUUUCCAUGCAGCUAGUUUUUCUCACCAACCUUAUCGGUAUCAAGUUGAGACAAGGGCAAGGGUUAUUAUGCUUGAUUUUGCGAGGUUUCAAACAGGCAGGGGUCUUCAGAGAUCGUCUUCGCUAUUAUCGCACUCGAUUGAUCAUCCCUCAAGGUCUUUUAGUAGAGAGCAUGGUGGUUUAAUGAGCUGGCCAGAAAAUACUUACAAGGCUAUGCAACAUAGACAGGAUGUGGAACAGAUUGGUCAACAGGAAACCAAUAUGUCUACCCGAGCAAUGCAGCUAAACAUCUUUGGAAGCAUGAUAAGCAACACAAGAAGUCGUCCAAGAAGUUUUCCUGGAAUUAGUGCAGCUAAAUUCUCUCACAGUCUGUCCUAUCCAGAAGUUCGAUCAGAUCGGGCACAAACACUUGUUUCUGCUAGAUCUGAAGGAUCUACCACAUUGCGAAAGAUGGCUCAAGUGCAAGGAGAGAAUAAAGAUAACACAAUACAACAUCCAAGCCCACCAAUUGAAGAAAGUCAUGUUAGAGAAGACUCAAGCGAUGAUUCUGGUGGCGAGGAUGAACAUCUCAUCAGAAUUGAUUCGGGAAGACCAAGCUUUCCUCAAUGGAUCACAGAGGAAGAUAAAACAUCAUAGGCAGAUUGAGCCUUUCCACACACUGAUUAUGUGAAUACUACUGAGAACAUUGAUUUAUUAUCGUUAUAUGUUUGAAUAACGCGAUAGAGUAAUAGCAUGAGAGGUUUUACCAUUGUGUUGUUCAACAACCUCAUGUGAAUAAUGUAUCCGUCUUAAUACGUGCGGGAAAAAAAAAAAAGAAGUGUUACUUUGUAUGUAACUGGUUUGUUUCCAGAAAAGCUCUUCUCCAUAGAUGUCCAAGAUGUAGCAUGUACAAUUUUUCUUUGGAAAAAGGGCAACAUUGAUCCUGUUUAAUAAGAGAUUCAUAGCUUUUAUAA